GCGCACCAAGAACUUGGUACAUCUCUAAACACGUGAAACGCUUCUUGUUGAUUACUAUUUUAAAUGCUCCAAUGGGUUUAACUAAGCAAUAUCUGGCCUAUCGAGCUAUAGAUAGCUUUAACAUAAUUUCAUCAGGCCGAGCUAAUGUUAAUUUUGCUAUUGUAGAUAAAACAGAAGGCCGUUAUGUGGCCGCUCCAGCUGCAGAGAAUGUGAUUGUCUGGGACUUGCGGAUGGGAGAUCGCAAACUGACUCUUCGUCGAGAAAAAUUUGAGGUGACCUGCCUACGGGCUUCUCCAGAUCACUUACACGUUGCUGUGGGUUAUUCAGAUGGUAUGGUACAAAUAUUCGAUCUGAGCUCGGACAGGUACUACGAUCCCAUUUGCGCCCUGUCACUGCACAAGAACGCUGUCAGCAUACUUCGCUAUGAUCUGCAGGGCAUGCGCUUGGUCAGCGGUGGUCUGGACACCGAAUUGGUCGUAGUAGACGUGGUUGAGCAGGCUGGCAGGGCUAGAUUGAGUGGUCACAAUGCUGCAAUAACAGAUGCGCACUUUCUGCAGCGACUUGUGGAGGAAAAUAUCGUCGUUAGUUGCUCAAAGGACACACAAGUCAAGUUCUGGAACCUGGAGACGCAAUUUUGCUUUAAAACAAUUGUUGACAACCGUACAGAGGUCUGGGCCUUGGCCUUUAUUGGAGAUCUGAUGGUUGCUGGAGCUGGUGAGAGUGGAAUGAACGUCUAUCGGCUGAGGAAGCACGAUGGAACUAUUACUGAGACCUUGGAAUCUGCGGUUGAAGGCUUGUCUAUUGAAGAGGAAGACACUAUAAGUCCCAUCAGUGUAAGCAACUGCGGCGUGAUCCAGCGGGCUGGAAAAGGGCGAACAGUAAAUUUGGUGGCGGAUCCCAGCGAGCGGGUGCUUAGUUGCCACGGCACUAACGACCUGAUCGAAAACUUCUACAUUUGCACGGCAGAGGAGGUGAAAAAACGCCUAACCAAGCGACUUAAGAAAGAAAAAAAAGAAGAUGGAACCGAAGCCAAACUCUCCACGGAGCAGUCCCUAAGCGACGAGAUUAAGAGACUCGAGAGUAUUCGCACCAAGCAAAAGAUAAAAUCUAUUGAUGUGGUGCUGGGACAAAACCAAGAACUGCGUGUUUUGGUAAGUCUGGCUAACAACAGUCUCUCUUUGUACUCCCUGGAAGCAUCUAUCAAGACCCGCAAAGCAACUGAACCUAGUGUAAAACUUUUGAGAUCACUGACACGUUUGGGUCACCAGUCUGAGGUGAGAUCGGUAUGCUUCAGCAACGACUCGUUGGCCAUAGGAUCAGGUGCGGGAGAAUCCUUCAAGUUCUGGGAUCGUGAUGCGAUGCAGUGCCUGCGUACUGUGCCAACCGAUUACAUUUUGUGCUCGAAAUUUGUUCCUGGGGACCAUUAUGUCUUGCUGGGUAUGAAAAGUGGAAAACUUUUGAUUGUGGAUGUGGCAUCAGCGGAUAUCGUAGAAGAGAUUCCAGCCCACGAGAGCGAACUGUGGUCUAUUGCCCUACUGCCUGAUCAAAAGGGCUGCAUCACUGGCAGCGGAGAUAGUACACUGAAGAUCUGGACCUUUGAAUUAAUCGACUCUGACCAGAACAAAGUGUUGUCCCUACUGCACAAAAAUACCUUAAAACUUGAGGAGACGGUGUUGUGUGUGGGCGUUAGUCCAGAUAUGAAAUAUUUGGCUGUGGGGCUGCUAGACGCCACCGUUAAGAUAUUUUUUUUAGACACCUUUAAAUUUUACCUUUCGCUUUACGGACACAAGUUACCUGUUCUGUGCCUCGAUAUUUCUUAUGACUCCAACCUCAUCGUCACAGGAUCAGCAGAUAGGAACGUAAAAGUUUGGGGUCUGAAUUUUGGCGACUGUCAUCGAUCCAUUUUCGCCCACGACGAUUCUGUAAUGAGCUUGCAGUUUAUACCAAAAACGCACAUGUUCUUCACAUGCGGAAAGGAUGGCAAGGUGAAGCAGUGGGACGGUGACUCCUUCGAGAAGAUUCUUACGCUGCCAGGCCACAUUGGAGAGGCAUAUUGCUUGUCGGUUUCACCAAAUGGACGGUAUUUGGUCACCUGCGGCUCCGACCGUACUCUACGGAUGUACGAACGCACGGACGAAACAAUUGUACUGAAAGAUGUCCAGGAAGAGGAACGAGAACAGCUGGAAAACGAACAGCUGGCCACGGGAGAUGAUAACAGUGUUCCUUUGCUUCCCGGAUUGAAAUUGCCAUCCCGCAAGACCGUCGGUUCUGAACAAUCAGCCGAGUCUAUCCUUGAAUGCCUUGAAAUAUCCAAGCAGUUCGAGCUGGAGUCUGAAGAAAAGCCUGAUUUGCAUCCUCUAAUGCAGGCUCUGCAGGUAAAAAACCCGGUGGACUUUUUGGUUAGUACCUUAAUGCGUAUUCGAGCCUCUGAUCUGGAGGAGGCGCUACUUCUGUUGCCAUUUUCGACUGUCUGCGAGUUGCUGGAGCGCUUACCCACCUUGCUGACACAGAGGCACGACCAAUUGGAGCUUCUCUGCCGCGUUACAAUAUUUCUUUUUAAAGUACACAUGAAGCCUAUCUCGGCGGCCAAGACCAUGAAGCCUCUUCUGGUACAAUUGCUCACCCUGCUCAAGCGGGAUGUCACUAAUCUUCGAGACACUCUGGGAUGGAACCUGCACGGCCUGGCGCUGCUGCAGACGGAAGUCGAGCAACGGGAGAGUGUUCAGCUCUUCCGGGACGCCACACAAGCACGCAAAAAGCGGGAUAAGAAGCGCCGAGAAGCCAGCAAGAGGCGACUCCAGAUCCAAAUGGUCUGAAACCCCAUAAACCGCCUUAAACAAUAAAAAAUUUUAGCUUAAUGA